AUGUCGAGUUCCUCUAAUCCAGCCACCAUUGGCCCCACCCUAGAACCGUCGAGAUCGGUGACGAUUGUCUUCACCGCCUACCCGAUCCUGAAGUCGCUCGCUUCGUCGCUUACCCCCAAGGAUCUCUACCACCUAGCUCGAACAAACCGAUUGCAUUUCUCAUCCAUCCUCGGGUCCAAGGAACUAUUCCAGGCUAUUCGGAGGCAGUGCAUCUGCGACGGGAGGGGCCUGCAGUGGCGCCGGGACAGCCAAGCCUCAACACAGUAUCUCUGGCCGUACUGGGUAACUGGGGAUGAAUACGAGGCCUACGCCGCAAGGAUGCGGGCUCGCGUGGGAAGAGCCGAGUGCGGCGAGUCGAAGUCUUUCCCUUGUUUCAAGUGUGGGAUCAAUGUCUGCGAGGAGUGUCGGGAUUAUCCAAGAGAGGAAGCCUAUCACCCUCGGUUCUUCGGCUACCCGCGACCUCAUUUAGAUGCCGCUUACCAGCCGAAGAAUAUCAUGUAUCUCUGCCCACCAUGCGACGAGGAGGCUGAGAAGAAGAGUUUGGAAACACUUGGAAGCGAUAGUUCUGGUGUCUAUGCGGCGCAACGGUUCCUCAAGAAACCCGAGCGAGAUGCACUUUGUGUCGACGGCGACACCUGCCGGAGAGCGAAUGGCGAAGAGAAGGCGAAGAGUGCAAACAAGCCGCGCAACGAGAACUAG